CUCUUCAAUCUCUCACUCUCACACAAUGGCAAGCCCCACGCCAAAUUCACCUCAAUCCCCCGGUACAAACACACCCGCCCAAAAGAAUCGAGCCUGUGACCGCUGUCGUCGGCGAAAAGCAAAGUGUGACUUUACAGAAGGCGAGCGUUGCACCAGCUGCAGGGAAUCAGGCACACAAUGCACCUUCAACCUCCCCCUCGCCCGUCGCGGCCCCAAAAUCCGCUCCAGAAAAUCUCAAAGUUCCACAGCGGAAUUACCCCCUCCCCAAUCAACACAAUGGGAAACCAACACUGUCGAUCUCGGACUCUCGCCGCCUUUGAUGGUCAGCGGUGAUGUAACAAGUCACCAGCGCUGGCAGAAUUUAUCGCGCGCGUUGGCGUUCAUUACCAAUGAUCUACAGCAAUUUGUUACGCGAUGCUUUGAUCUUUUUUUUGACUAUCUUUAUCCGCUUACGCCGUUGGUUCAUGAACCGAGUUUGAGGGAUUCGCUUUCGUAUUUUGGGCAGUACCCUUCUGAGAAUUUUAGUACGGGCGUUUUGGAGCUUUGGCCCGAGACGACGUUUACGCUCAUCACGGCUGUUUGCGCCGAGGCAGCGUUUUUAUUACCAAAGGAUUUGUUUCCGGAAGGUCAAUCUGUGGCGGAUAUUUUCUUAAAUGCUUCGAGAUCAUGUUUGAACCAAUAUCUCGAGGCCGAGUUGGAGAAUCCGAAUGCAAACUCAAUCACGAUUCGGUAUUUUCACUCCAAUUGCCUUCAUGCGGCAGGGAAACCUAAGUACUCGUGGCAUAUUUUUGGAGAGGCCACGCGACUUGCACAGGUUAUGCAAUUGAACCUCGAAACGUCUUUAGAAGGCUUACAACCGAUUGAAGCUGAGCUGCGACGUCGAGCUUUCUGGAUCGUUUACAUGGGCGAUAAAUCUGCGGCGAUACUCAACAAUCGACCCAUCACCAUUCAUAAAUUCUCAUUCGAGUCAGGCAUCACCACUUCUUACCCUUCCGGUAUUGAGGACGAGGCACCUGUUCUUUCACCCGGAAAUCUGGUGACCAAUUCCGAUGUCGUGCGGAUAACAUGCAUCGAAGGCUUCAAUGCCAAUUUGCGUCUCUGGCAGAAUGCAUCUGAUCUGCUGUUAGAGCUGCGACUAAUGCAGGACCGAAACCAACAGGAUCUCGGCAUGUCGAAUCUUCAGCCAUUGAUCAGCGCUCAAGAAAAGGAUCGGCUUGAUGCUCUUUACGUCCGAUUUAUCACCUGUCUCGAUGAUCUACCUCCGUACCUCCAGUCAUACACGUUCGCUGCUUUGGCCGAUGGUUCAAGAGAAACCACCAAGCAAUUCCUGAUUCAGUGCGCGAAUCUUCAAGUCUCUAUUCACUGUUUAAGAAUGGUCAUCACACAAAAGUUAGAGACUCUGCCUUAUUACAAGUCGGAUAUUGGACACUCAGAUUUGCGCAAGACGGAGAUCGCGAGAGAUAUGCUGAGGGUGAUUCAAGAAGCUCCAUUCUGGUCGCUACAGGUGAACGGCGAACCUUAUGUCGAGAAGAUAAGGCUCACUGGUGCAAGCCUUUUGGAAAUUAUUCAUAGAAAUGGGUCUUCGCCGAUUGCCGCGAGGGCGCGUAGCGACUUUGCUGUGCUUCUUGAUUUGCUCACGAGACUGGACUCUAAGGCUUCGGAUGCAUUGCGAAAUACUUCUUCAUUGAUACACUAAGUCUUUGUAAUAAAUACUAUCGAGCA